CAGCAAAUCCCUUUAGCUGCGAGUUGACAUGGCUUGACUGAUCUCUGAGGGAAGUUUCAGGAAAUGCAACAGGUGGAGGAGCCGAGGGAAUGAACUAGGAACUGUCCUCCCGUUAGCGUCCCAGGCUAGCUGCUGUGUACUUGAAGGUGCCUGUGGGAGUCGGACAGGGAAACAACUGCGCACUCUUUCACACGGUCAGGUGGCACCAUGGAUGACAGCAACAGCCUCAAUGACUCCAAUGUAAAGGUAGCUGUUCGUGUGCGACCAAUGAACAGGAGAGAAAAAGAUCUAAAGACAAAAUGUGUGGUGGAGAUGGAGGGAAACCAGACAGUUCUACAUCCGGCCAACAACAACAUGAGCAAAGGAGACCCUCGAAAUCAGCCAAAGGUUUUUGCUUAUGACCACUGCUUCUGGUCAAUGGAUGAAUCUCAAAAAGACAAGUUUGCAGGUCAGGAUGUAGUGUUCCAGUGCCUUGGGGAGAGUCUGUUGGACAACGCCUUCAUGGGCUACAAUGCCUGCAUCUUUGCUUACGGACAGACAGGUUCUGGGAAGUCGUACACCAUGAUGGGUUCAGCGGAGCAGCCUGGUCUCAUCCCGCGACUCUGCAGCUCCCUGUUCAGCAGGAUUGUGCAGGAGGCCCGGGAGGGAGAGAGCUUCACCGUGGAGGUCUCCUACAUGGAGAUUUACAACGAGAAGGUCCGAGACCUGCUUGACCCUAAAGGGAAUCGACAAGCGCUGAGAGUGAGGGAGCACAAAGUUUUGGGGCCUUAUGUGGACGGCUUGUCCCGCCUGGCUGUAUCCUGUUACGAGGACAUAGAGUCUCUGAUGUCAGAGGGAAAUAAGUCUCGCACAGUGGCAGCCACAAAUAUGAAUGAAGAGAGCAGCAGGUCCCACGCUGUGUUCAACAUCAUCCUCACACACACACUCAUGGAUCUACAGUCUGAGACGCGAGGAGAGAAGGUGAGCAAGCUGAGUCUGGUGGAUCUGGCUGGAAGCGAGCGAGCAGCGAAGACCGGAGCAGCAGGGGAACGUCUGAAAGAAGGGAGCAACAUCAAUAAGUCCCUCAGUACUCUGGGUUUAGUUAUCUCCGCCUUGGCUGACCAGGGAGCAGGGAAGAACAAGAGCAAGUUUGUUCCCUACAGAGACUCUGUGCUCACCUGGCUGCUCAAGGACAGCCUGGGAGGCAACAGCCGCACAGCCAUGGUCGCCACAAUUAGCCCUGCAGCAGACAACUAUGACGAGACGCUGUCCACCCUGCGUUACGCUGACAGGGCCAAGAGCAUCAUCAACCAUGCCGUGGUCAACGAAGACCCCAACGCCAGGAUCAUCCGAGAGCUCCGAGAGGAAGUGGAGAAACUGAAGGAGCAACUCACAGAGGCUGAGUCUAUGAAGGCCCCCGAGCUGAAGGACAGGCUGGAGGAGUCUGAGAAACUGAUCCAAGAAAUGACCGUCACCUGGGAGGACAAACUCAGGAAGACUGAGGCUAUUGCACAGGAGCGUCAGAGGCAGCUGGAGAGUCUGGGCAUUUCCCUGCAGUCUUCUGGAAUCAGAGUGGUGCAUGACAAGUGUUUCCUGGUCAAUCUUAACGCUGACCCUGCCCUCAACGAGCUGCUCGUCUACUACCUGAAGGAGCACACGCGUGUGGGCUCAGCCAACUCACAGGACAUCCAGCUGUGUGGGAUGGCCAUCCAAGCUGAGCACUGCGUCAUAGACAUCACUGAGAGCAACGGCGUGAUGCUCAGUCCUCACCGCAACGCUCGAACAUGUGUGAAUGGUGCUGCAGUCACCAGUCCAGUGCAGCUUCAUCACGGAGACCGUAUCCUGUGGGGAAACAACCACUUCUUCAGGAUCAACCUGCCGAGACAUAUGGUCCACACAGGAGCUGAGGAUGAGGACGGCAGUGCUGCGAUGAAGACGUGUUUGAGCACAGACCAGCUGGAGGUGGACUUUGAUGCAUCCAGCGACGUGUCGAGCGAGCUGAGCUUCGGCUACGAGUUUGCUCAGGCGGAAGUCAUGAUGAAAGGAAUGGGAAACAAUGACCCGUUGCAGUCGGUGUUACAGACCCUGGAGAGGCAGCACGAGGAGGAGAAGCGCUGCGCCCUGGAGCGCCAGAGACAGAUGUAUGAAGAGGAGCUGCAGCGGCUCCGCCGGAGGCUUACUCCUGAGAAACCCUCCCACCUCCUGGACCCGACAGGCCUGCAGGCCGGUGCAGCUGCUGCCGUGUCAUCAGCCGGCUCCAACAAGCGCAUGCGGCGCUGGAGCGAGGACAGAGAAGCAAUGAUGACUCGCACCCUGCGGCGCCUGAGGGAGCAGAUAGUCCGGGCCAACCUGCUGGCACAGGAGGCUGGCUUCAUAGCUGAGGAGCUUAGCAAGAGGACCGAGUACCUGGUCACUCUGCAGAUACCUGCUGCCAACCUGGAUGCCAACAGGAAGCGUGACGUCGUGUUGAGUGAGCCGGCCAUCCAGGUUCGCCGUAAAGGCAAAGGGAAGCAGAUCUGGGCUCUGGAAAAGAUGGAGAACAGGCUUGUGGACAUGAGGGAGCUUUACCAGGAGUGGAAAGACUUUGAUGAAGACAACGCUGUGAUGCGCUCCUAUUUCAAACGGGCUGACCCAUUCUUUGAUGAGCAGGAGAACCACAGUCUGAUCGGCGUGGCCAACGUUUUCCUGGCCUGCCUGUUCCACGACGUCAAGCUGCAAUACGCAGUACCCAUCAUCAACCAGAAGGGAGAGGUGGCAGGACGGCUGCAUGUGGAGGUGUGGCGGGGCACAGAGGGCUGUGAGGAGGAAGCUCCAGGACAGUCUGGCAUCCAGCAGAGCAGCACAGAUGGAGAGCAACAGGAUCGCAAACUGGACUGUGUGGUGAAUAUCCUUCACGCCAAUGGUCUGCCUCGCCACCUGUCCAACUUUGUCUUCUGUCAGUACCACUUCUGGGGGCAGGAGGAGUCGGUGUUCAUCGCUCCAGAGAUGGAGACGUCCAGCUCGUCCUCCACCUCCAAGGACCCUCAGUGCACCGUGGUCUUCGACAGCGCCAAGGAGUUUUCGGUGCCAGUGUCGGAGGACUUUGUGGAAUUUUUGGCAGAGGGGGCGGUGGCCAUUGAAGUUUACGGUCACAAGCAGGCCAACCACCGCAGGAACCUAGCACUGUGGGACCUUGGAGUGAUUCAAGCCAAGACCCGAACCCUCAGAGAGAGGUGGAGUGAGGUGACCCGCCACCUGGAGCUGUGGGUGCAGCUGCAGGAGCUCAACGAGGCAGGAGAGUUCACAGCUGUAGAGAUUCUUCCUGCCAAAGACGUACGCACAGGAGGAGUCUUUCAGCUCAGACAGGGACAGUCCCGUAGGGUCAUGGUGGAGGUGCGUUCAGUGCCAGACUCGGGCACCAUGCCACUCAUCACCGCCUCUAUCCUAUCUGUGUCCAUCGGAGACGUACAGGUCCGACAGACGCGUCUCUCCAAAGGCAGCGAAUCACAAUGGGGUGGGGAUGAAGAAAUGGACAGCUACCAAGAGGUAGACCUGGAGAGGAUGAGGGAUCAGUGGCUGGUCACACUCACUCAGAGACAGGAGUAUCUGGACCAGCAGCUACAGAAGAUAGUUUCCAAACCAGAUAAGUCAGAGGACGAUGUUGAAAGGGAGUCCCAGCUGCUGGAAUGCCGCCUGACACUCACUGAAGAACGCAACGCCGUCCUGGUGCCGUCAGCUGGCAGUGGCAUCCCUGGAGCGCCGGUAGAGAGGGUUCCUGUCCCUGGAAUGGAAACACACAUUCCUGUCCUUUUCCUGGAUCUCAGUGCUGAUGAUUUCCAGUCCAGUCUUUCAGCCCCUCUGGCCGGGGGGCUGGAUGCGUUACUCAGUGGGGAGGAGGAGGACGAGUUCUUUGACCUUCAUAUUGUUAAACACUAUGAUUCAGAGGUAAAGGUGGAGGCCUCCUGGGACUCGACGGUCCACGAGUGUCCGCAGCUGAGUCGCGUGACCUCGGCUGACCAGAGGGUCUACCUGACUGUCAGCACAGCGAUCCAGCUGAGCCACCCGGCCCACAUGCAGCUGGUACUCAGGAAACGCAUCUGUGUCAACGUCACUGGGAGACAGGGUUUUGCUCAGAGCCUGCUGAAGAGGAUGUCUCAGCGCAGCACUAUCCCCGGCUGCGGAGUCACCUUUGAAAUAGUUUCUAACAUCCCUGGGGACAUCCAUGGUCCAGAGGACAGGGAGAUGCUGGCCAGGCUGGCUGCCAGCGCUGAGGACGACCAGUCAGCUGACAGUGAGGCAGCCAUAGAGAAAUAUCUGCGCAGCGUCCUGGCUGUGGAGAACAUCCUCACUCUGGACAGACUCAGACAGGAGGUGGCUGUGAGGGAACAGCUGGCAGUCAGAGGGAAAGCUCCCAGACGCUGCCUGAGCUCUCCAAACAUCAACCGGCUGUCAGCCAGCUGUCUGGAUCUCCCUUUCUCCACUCAUAGGCUCAGUGACUUAAAGGGCUGGGAGAGCCACCAGGACCUUUCUCUCGUGUCUCCUUCAUCUUUACGCACCCUGCCCAGCUCCAUAUCCCAGAACCUGAACCCAGAGACAGCACAUUCAGGCUUUGCUGCAUCUUAUCUCCCACCAGUGAAGGCCGUACCCAAGCUGCUGAAGUCACUGCUUCCUGGUGGGAAGGAAGAUGGUAGAGACCAGACAGCUGUCCAUCAGCAGAGUUUGCCUCGCAUCAUGGUGCAGUCAGCCAGUGUUGAGGAGGGCCUGAGCAAACACCAGCAGCCAGUUCCUAUUGAGGAAAUAAUUCCACCUGAUAUCCAAAAAGAGAGCCCCAGAUCUGUGCCCCUCCCUCCACCAAUCAUCCUUGAGACUGAAGACUCCACCCCCAGCCCGGUGAGCGAAACAUCGAGCGGAUACAUGUCAACCAGCAUAUCUACAGCAACACUGUCAGAAGUCUACACUCUGAGCUGGGACCUGCCUCCGUCAUCUGGCAGUAGAGCUGACGGCUUUGAGGCAGUGCCUGAUGAAGAGGAAGAGUACCAUAAAGUGACACAAUCUGACACUUUCCCCGGGUCUUUUCUUGUGGACCAAUCAGAGCCUCAGGAGUCACUGCUGGUUUUAGACAGUAAGGCAGAUGAAGAGAGGACUGAAUCGCCGCCGUCCAAACCAGACAGUACUCCAACGGAUUCAAAUCUGAGUCAACAAGAACCAGAUCAGUGUCCAUCAGUCCAGUUGAAGGAGCAAGUAGAACCAGAGUCAAUUGCAGAAUCAGACUCAGUAUGCCAGACUAAACAAAAGCAAGACUCAACCAUUGACCUUAUCGGAUCAGAACAGUUAGACAACUUGGAGCCACUUAAAGAUUCUUUGUCAGUACAAGAGAAUGAAACCAAAGAGGCACAAUUUUCCAAAACAGACCACUCAAAACCAGAAACCCCUCUGAAAGAAGAACUUGAGCUAGCUGACGAGACUGACGCUCAACCGUCUGCACAAGAAGAUCAAAGUCAGUCUGAAACAGUCGUCCCACUGCCACAGCAUCCCAAACAAGACCCGACAACCUUUGACAGUGUUCAAGUUCCAGCUUCAGUCCUCGUCCCAACUGUGUCCGAAGUCUUGGUUCCUGCUCCUGCCCUAUCUGGAGAUUCGGUUCUUCUCGCUUCGUCUGAAGAACAAGACACUUCUGAGGACUCAAAUCCAAAUGAAAGCUCCAUCCCGACUUCAUCCUCAGCCAUGGAUGAAGUCCAACAGGAAGCACCUGCCAGUGUAUCUGAGACAAACACCUCAGACCCAGCUCCUUCUCUGUCCAGUGUUCAACCUUCCAAACCUGAUGCAACCUCAGUGGCAAACCCCUUUACGAUCCAGAAAGUCAAGUCUUCAGACCUCAAGUCCUUUCACCGUAUUUUAGGCGAGGAGGAAGAUAAGCCUGCACAGGUGGACCGGGCCAGCAGCCUUGGAGCAGGACUGAACCUGACUGUGCCGAUGGAAAGCCUUGAAAUUAUCUCUGACUCUGAGGAAGGAGACACAGCUGCUGUUCCUGACUGGUUGAAAGAAGGGGAGUUCGUGACUGUGGGGAGCAACAAGUGCGGCACUGUCCGUUACGUUGGACCCACCGAUUUUGCCAAAGGUACCUGGGUGGGAGUGGAACUGGAGGUUCCAGCCGGAAAGAAUGACGGUUCAGUAGGUGGCAAGCACUACUUCCACUGUAACCCAGGUUACGGCGUGCUGGUUAGGCCAGACCGAGUGAGUCGGGGAGGUGGUAGCAAGCGUCGGCGCCAACAGCAAAAGCGCCGUAGUGCCAACUUGUCUGGAUCCAGCCCGAACCUGGCUGCCCUUACCGCUCUGGCCAAAGGUGAAGGUGGCGGGGCAUCAACCGGACGCAGCAGAGGAGAGAACCGCAAGUCGUGGAACACAUGAGCGGCACAGUAUCUGGACACCUACAUGCAGCAGCCAGUUGAUGUGAAUAUAGGAUAAGCUUUUUAAGAAGAGACAAUACAGUGUUUUAUUUGGGCUGAUCAGGAUGACAGGCUUCACUCUGUCUGGUCCUUUACUGUAAGUUUGGGCGACACAAAAUGAUUCUGUCCUGAGAUGUUCAUCACUAGCCAUCUGUUAAUGGACUCUAGCCUACCUAAUGACCUUAGUAAUUAAAAACUACAUAAAGUAUCAGAAAAUGUGAAUGUUUUUAGUUUUUGGAUACAAAUAACAACCCUUUCUCAGUAAUUAAUGUGAUUUUAAAUGGUGGAUGUCUCAGUUUGGAAUGGAUUUAUUACAGAUUACAAUGAAAAGGGCUGUCUUAAAAUCUGCACAUUUUUCCUUUUAAUGUUAUGCUGCUUCUGGGUGAAAGUAUCUGUGCAAAUAAGGUUAAAUGUUAAACAUUUUUAAAAGUUCACUGGAUUACUGUACACUGAGACUCAAAAGGUUACACAAAACCUUCAUACAUGCUCAUAUUUCUCUUGUUUGUAAUGGAAUCGCAGCUGCAAGUUUGGAUAGACUUUCAAGUAUCGCAACUUGUCUUUUAACUAUUGGUACUGUAAAGUCUUGUGCCUUGAAAUAUACCGACUACUACUCAGCCAAUGUGCCUUAGUGAUAAACCACCACAGUUGAUUUGCUGUUGAUAGGUUCAAAACUGUAUAACUGGAGCUUCUUUUUAGCUCUUGAAUGUGUACUUCUACUGUUUUAGGGAAAAAAAACUUGCACUCCUUCUCCGACAAAUUCUACUGAAUUUUUGCAACAUUUUUAAAUCAGCUUUAUCUCCAAGCAAGUGUGUCAAGAUUAAUUGGAAGUUUUAAGUAGUGAUCACGUUUGUUUUUUUCCUCACAAGAACAUUUUGAAUUGUGCUGUGUGUAUGGGAAUGCUUGUUGGUGAUUUUUUUUGGAAUGCAUUUAGUAUUAAUUUGGUAAAAAAUAUAUUUUAUACCAUGUCUGAAAGCCUAUUUAUUUAACGAUGAAGACACGAUAUUGAUAAUGAAAGCAAAAUCAACUUUUUAUAUUGU